AUGGAAGUCCUAGAUGAUAUCAUUGAAUUUCUCAGAGAAAACCACCUAGACGGAGUCGUCAAAAGUAUCAACCAAGAGCUCACAAACCCAAAAAAGCCAGUUUCCUCUGAUCAGCUGAUCGUGAAAGCUAUCGAAGAAACCGCAAAGGCUCCGAUGAACUCCACUGAUCAAAACACCCUUCACAAGUUCCUGAAAAAGCUUUCAAAGAAGCCAGUGGUUUCACAGAUUCCAAGCGGUCUCUCGGACCUCAAAGCUUUUAAAAAAUUUUUAAAUCCUCAGCCUCUUCCAGCUCCAAAAUCGCCUGCGAGAGAAUCUAAAGUUGAAGAGCUGCCUCAUUUUGGAGGGAAAAUUGAAGCCAACCCUAUACCUGCCAACGAUCCACUUCCAACUAAUAUGAAUUUAGAUGAAGACGAGCUUUUUUCAGCAUCCCAGAUUGAACCAAAGCAAGAGCCAAGUUCCAUAAUGCAGCAUUCAAAUAGAUCAUUUGGAGCUUUAAGCUUAGAAGAAGAAGAAAUCAUUGACGAAUAUGAAGACGAUGAUGACCCUGGGUUUAUCCUCUAUGAAUCUAAAACAGACGACAUCAAUGUUUUCAGUUCAGAAAUUGCUGCAAAGCAUGGCUUUCCAGAAAAAGCAAUUGCAAAAUCAAAAGCGCCAGACAAAGACAAGCUGCUGCUUAGAGAAGAUUCUAUCCUCAGCGAGUCCGAAAAGAAAGGCCAAAGUAGUUUAUUUCCAUCAAAUAUAAAAUUCCCUGAUUCUAAUGAUAAAUACUACCCUGUGGAGUUUGAAAGUGUUAUUUUUGACUGCUACAUCUUAAAAGUCAUAUAUGACAGAGAAAAGACUGGGUUUGAAGAAUCUAAAGAUUUCCAAAUUGUUAUUAACAGCGUUAUUGCAGGACGAUACCAAGUUAUCGAGUUUCUAGGCUCCGCCGCAUUUAGCAAAGCAAUACAGUGCUUAGAUUUGAUCACAAAAGAAAUGGUCUGUUUGAAAAUUAUAGAAAAUAAUAAAGAUUAUGUAGACCAGAGUAUCGAUGAGAUCAAGCUUCUGAAGUAUAUAAACGUCAACGCUGAUCCUGACGAGAAACACAUUUUAAGACUCAUUGACUACUUUUACCAUAAAGAGCAUUUAUUUAUUGUUACUGAGCUAUUAAGAGACAACUUAUAUGAAUAUUCAAAAUAUAAUAGAGAGCACGAGGAAGAGAGAUAUUUUACUAUUGGGAGGCUUCAAAAAAUUGCAUAUCAGGUUUUGUGUGCGCUUGAAUACUUGCAUAGCUUGAAACUGAUACAUUGUGAUUUGAAGCCAGAAAACAUUUUAAUUAGAUCAUAUUCGAGGUGUGAAGUAAAAGUAAUUGACUUAGGAAGCAGUUGCUAUAUUCAUGACCACUUAGGCUCAUAUGUGCAAAGUCGCAGCUAUAGAGCUCCAGAAGUAAUCAUGGGGUGUCCUUAUGACUAUAAAAUCGAUAUUUGGUCCUUAGGGUGCAUUUUGGCAGAAUUGUAUACAGGCUAUGUUUUAUUCCAGAAUGACUCAGUCCAAGGACUUUUGGCAAGAGUCUUGGGGAUUAUUGGUCCAUUGCCAGAAGAAAACUAUAAAACAGGAAGACAUACAGACAAGUUCUUUACUAAAGACAGACUGCUUUAUAUAGAAACUGAAGAAGAAAAGAAGGUCGACAACAAACACUUGAGUGAAGAAAUGAUCGAACUGAUCAAGAAACAUAGAAAACCCAAAAAAGUUGUCAAUGUUUUGGUACCAAAGAAGACUUCGUUAAAAGCGAGGCUUCACACUGACGACUCUAUGUUUAUUGACUUUGUUAGAUGCCUUCUAGACGUGGAUAAAGAUAGAAGGCCAAGCGCUCAAGAAGCGAUGAAACACCCAUGGAUCACUGAGUGUAAGUAUGAGGACGGAAUUCCUUAA